AUGUGCGUUGACUUCAUUUCUUCGAGUAAUUUUGCUGCGGAUGCAGUACUGGAGCAGCUUUUGAUAUCUGCUUUCGUUUAUCUGGCUGCAAAUGUGGAAAAUUCGACAGAAAUAAUGCGGCUUAUCUUGGAAAUAUUAUUCUUGGAUAACAUAGUCAUUGCCCAUCGGUGCAAAUGUUUGAUGUCGUCAAUAAUUUCGAACUAUUGCAUUGCAAAUAUACAGAAUCAUAGCAAUCUGUUCUCGUUUAUUGGUGCUCUUACACCUGCAACUCUAGCGGAUAAAAGCACGACUUCCACUGAGGGACUGCAGAUGACUGUUGUAAGCCAAGGUACUACUGGAGGAUUCAAGCCAGCGGUUAUUGAUGAGCUUGAAAAUCAAAUAAACAAGGAGAGAGGCAUCCUUAUUCAGUUCAAGUUUUCAUCGGAUUUAGAGAAUUUCAGCAGAAAAGUAGCUUGGAUCGGGCAGUUAUUGUUAGCGUUUGUUUCCCAAUUCGAUAUUUGUAAUUGUAAUGGUGUACGUUGUUUGGCACCAGCGCAGACAAUACUUUUUUUGAUGGGUCAGCAUGCUCCAGAUCAACUAACUGAUCUUAUUGAAUAUUUGAUAAGUGGACUAGACUUUAGCAAAGUGCAGACAGAGAGAACGCUAAAGGCGGAACGUGAUCAAAUUAUCUUACGUCUAAUAUAUGUUAUCCUUGUUCAAUGUACGUCACAUAAUUGGCCAUCCAGGGAUAGCAGAAAGAUGAUUGAUGAAGAGGUUCACCAAGUUACAAUACCAAAAGAACUUAAUGUAAUACUGGAUGCUGCUGACAUAGCAGCAGUUGCACCGGCUGGAAGUGUUGAUGAUGGAGACGAUGCAGAAGCUGGUGGGGAAUCCGAUGUGGAACAGAUGGAAGGUACUGAACUUGCAGGUGAUAUAUCAUCAUCUAGUCGCGAUGCAACACCGCAGCAGGACGAUACUGACAUCUCGCCAAUGAACAUUAUUCCCCGAGUGGAAAAUAGGGAACGCGAAAAUCUGUCUGCAACUCCUGAGCCGCAAGUUGCUUUGGCUCUGAAAAUUGCGCACACUUUAGUGUCUAUGGGAGCCGUGAAUUAUUGUUAUGUCAUUCUGCAAUCUUUAAAAACGGAGUGGAUCAAACAAAUGCAAUCUCCCGAACAAGGUGUCCAGAAACUUUCUUCUGUCCCACCAGAGUUACAGCCUGAUCUUUCACCAUUAUUCAAUGCUCGUGUUUUGAAUGUCAAUCCAGGAAAUGUCUUUUCGAUAUACACAACACUGCUUGUCGAAAUGGCACUUCGAUUGCCUUAUCAGCUCAAAAAAAUUUUGGGCGAUGAAUUGCCGUUGAACAACAAAUGGGAGAACCUUUUAUGUGAUUACAUUACGCAGGAACCAUCAAUAAUGCGCAGACCUGCUCGGAAGCUCCUUUUGUUAAUAUGUGGUUCCGAUACGGUUAAAUACCGACAAGUCCGUGAUGAGCACAUCAUUUAUGAUUUACUCGCUAAUUUGAAGAAGCGCUUGAAAGGCCGUUCAACUUUGGAAUACUUCGAAUUAAGUGACAUUGUUGGCCGCAUUGGUGGAAUCGCAGUAAUUUCUGAGAGGCGCUGCAUUGUUUGGCAGAGAAUAUGCUUAAAGGAAUUACCGUGGUUGAUGGAAUUAGCGUGUAUGAUGCCUGAUGUUGCAUGUGAUGCUGUUCUUAAUCUCAUUUUGCUGGCUAUUCGAACAUCCGAAGAUUCCGAUGAUGAAAUGCUGUGUUGUUCAUUGGUCAACAUGCUUUUAGGCAAGCAAAAGCCAUUUACAUUGUUCAAAAGGCUGAUUGCAAGGUUUCUACUGGGCGAAAAUGAAGAAAGACGUUGGACACUGCAUGCGAUUCUGCGUGCUACGUUACAGCUUGCAUCACGGCCCAAUCAACUGCGAUUAAUUAAUCACCUGUACAGACACACUUGGCCUUAUGCGCAAGAGAUGGGUAAUCGGGCUGCGCAGCUAGUAGAUCUUCUAUCUUGCUAUCUACCUCGAUUCUUAUCAAAGGAUGAACUGCUUACGGUUUAUAAGGAAGCAGUAGCAACGAUCAGAGACGCGCUGUGUACGUUAGAAAAAAGUCGAAGUUCGGUUCUUUUUGAAAAACUGUGCGAAUUUAUCGGAUCACCAGAUAUUUCUAUAUUGAGUAAAUCUCCAUGUCUGAUAUGUUCGAAUUUGGAUAAUCCAAUGGAGCAGUUGAAAUUAUCAGCAAUUAAGUUGGAUUCUCGUUUCACUACGUCAGCGCAGAUGAUCAAGUUAAUGGGUCACUUCGAGGUAUCACGGAUCAUCAUACGUUUGAGUGAGAUCAAACGAUCGAAGAUGGUGAAGCGUUUCAAAUUUUAUUAUUGCAAUAAAAUGCUUGAGUCCGCUGUUGACCUCAAAAAUCGAUCUGAACUUUGGGAGAAAGCAGCUGAUGUUAAGGUAAAUCACGGAGACACUGAAAUUGAUGUGCAACUUCCAGUUCCAAUUGUUACUUGUAAUAUUGUCUUGGAAAUGGCCGAAUUUUAUGACACGAACACAGCUGGAGCUGCAGACACACCAGAAUUCGUGCACUGCCCACGAUGUUCUACGUCAGUAGCACCGAAUCCGGGAAUAUGUUCAAACUGCGGGGAAAAUGUUUUUCAGUGUUUGAAGUGUCGAGCAAUUAAUUACGAUGAGAAGGAACCAUUUUUAUGUAAUUCUUGCGGUUUUUGUAAAUACGCUCGCCUGGAAGCAGUACUCGUUGGCCGAUCGUUGCCUUCAGUACAGGCAAUUGAAGAUGACAAUGACCGAAAGGCAACAUAUACUCUUAUGGAAACUUUACUAAACGACAUCGAAUCGACACGCUGUCAUAUUGGAAUCAUUGGAGCCCUUUUGGAAAGAUGCUCGUGGGAUUCAGAACCGGCAAUUCGACCAAAUAUGAUUGUAAAGCACAUGACUCUACAAUCAUUUACAAAUUUCAUAUCGAGUUUGAAUUUGAAAGAGGAUUAUACUCUUUCAACACUAUAUCAUAAUGCGGAGAAAUUGCGCAAUAAAUUAUGCGAACAAACUCGUCAGUUAGCGGCAUUUCGAGCAGAACUUCUUCGUUAUGACAUUGAAAACGGUGACGAAACGUUACUGGACAGACCUUUCACCAGUAAUUUUCAUUCUAAAUCUGAUUACUGCGUUGGAUGCGUAUCUGCACUAGUUGUACACUGUGUUGCUUUAAUACAAGCAACGUGUAGUGAUACAAACGCUAUGGAGGAAAUUAUUCGUGAAGACUUUGUUUUCAGUAGAUUGGUGAGCGGGUGCGCACUUGGUGACCCAAUAGCUCGUUCCAUCCAUAGCCUUAUUUGGAAUCUCUCGGAAAUGAGCAAGGAAGCGACGCAGAAAAUGUGUGAAUUGGUAGAGAAUGGCGCUCUUCCAUGUUACUUGCUAACAAAGUCGAUAUUUGAAAACAAAUUCCGAUUUUGGGAACAGAAAUUCCGUUGCUUGAUGCGCAUGGCUGUGGUGGGAAAUGGCAACACUGAGAUAGAUUUACAUGCAUUGGCUGUGUUUUUGAAAAUUUGCUCACCAUAUUCAACAAAUUUAAAAAAUACUUCUGUAUUUAAUUCACUCGACUUCAGCACGGAUAAAGUGAGAAAUGAUGACACUCUUACUGGUUAUCUUUUACCUGCACAUGAAAAACAACAGUCAAAGAUAAUUUUGGGUGCCUCGCAAAGCAUUGGUCCGGAAGAUAAUGGUAAAGAAAUUGAACGGGAGGAAGUAGAACUGAAUCUUAUUCUGGAUGACACUAUUUUGCAUAAAAUCAUGGAAGAUAUGAAAAUAUUAGACGAAGAAGAACCUGACUUCGAUAAAAUACUGAUACCUUCUGAACGAUUUCCAACGAAUGCGUGGCUGCAAGAAAGAUUUAUUUGGACGGAAUAUACAAGACUGCUGCAGAACGACGGGCCAGAAAGAGAACGCAGCAUCCUUCACUACUUAAAACACUGCACUGAAAGUGAUCCAAAACGGAAAUUUUCACUAUACCAAUGGCUUACUCGUUGCAUGUUUUCAUCAGUAGCAGCAAUUCGUACUGCAACCUGCCGUUUGCUUGUGAUGCUGUGCUUUGAAAUCAGCAAAGAUGGUGAGGCACAGAUCGGAUCUCCUGUUGAUAUAGCUCUGGUAUUGCAAAAGAUAUUAUUAUGGAUGAGGAAAAUUCGAACCGUCUCCGCUGAUAAUAUUGACGAAUAUUUUUGUUUGGUGCGAACGCUACUAACAACAAGUGAAAUUCACACUGUUCUAGUGUCGAAACCAAUUGAAUUCCAUGUUGAUGUCGUGAAGCGAAUUUUGCUGGCAAGUUUGGAUAUACGUUUAAGUGAAGUGAGCGGUCCAUCAGGAGAUCUUUCAGCUGGAAUUCUGCUGCAUCAUCUUAUUCAGGUAUUGAACUGUGUGAUGCAAAUGGAUAAGCAAAGUUGGAAUUUGCUAUAUGAAUCUAGUCCUAUUGUACUUUCACUUCUGCUUCGAGCUGCUUGCGCACUCAAACAAGUUACCAUUCAUCGUACCUUCUAUGUGAACGAAUCUGUCAAAGAUCUUAGUAUGCUGCUGAUGCGCAUUGCACUGAAACGGCCAAUCUUGGUGUUGAAGGAGGCCACACGACGCAUUGCAGUUCACCCUCAAGAGCUUCGCAUACAAGCUUAUCUUUUAUCAAUUAUGAGCGAUACUAUUUAUCCAUUGCUGAAGAAGGAAGAAGAUUUUCUCAUACAAAUCGAGAAGGAUGCGCUCCAAGAAGAUUACUUACAGGGCAGAAUGUUAGGUAAUCCGUAUAAGAGCAGUGAUGCUGGCAUGGGUCCUCUUAUGAGAGAUAUCAAGAAUAAAAUUUGCCGAGACUGUGAACUGGUCGCAUUGCUGGAUGACGACACUGGAAUGGAGCUUCUCUUAAAUCAGCAAAUUAUUGCCCUGGACUUACCGGUUAAUGAUGUUUAUGAGAAGCUGUGGCGUUCUGAUCAUCCUGGUCAGCCAAUGGUUAUCGUGUAUAGAAUGCGAGGUCUUCUUGGUGAUGCAACAGAACCCUUUAUAAAAACCUUAACCGGCACCAAUGUCAAGGAAAAAGUAGACGAUAGUCAGCUUCGACUGGCUAGUGCGUUAGGUUCUCCGAUACGUGCCUUUUCAAUUAUUUUGCCAAUACUGGACAACAUCGAAUUAACUGGAGGAGGCAUAAUAUUGUUACGAGAGCUGCAUCGUUUGCUUACUUACUGCAUAAAGGUCGAGGGAAAUCGUGAGCAGCUGAAUGAGUGUGGCGGUAUCCGAAGGUUUUUGCAUGUUUUCGAAGUGGCUUACAGAAGCGGUAUUAAAGAAAAAUCGAUUGAAGCCAUAGCUUUGCAGUAUCUGGAACUUAGUAGGAUUCUCUUGAUUGAUGUUCUCGCCACUGAUCGGAUCGAAAAGUCUAUUGGUGCGAGUUUCAAGCAAAUGUCAUGGUUAUUAGAACUUUCAAUGGGCAGUGAUGAGGAACUUUCGGCAUCAUUACUCGAAGCAGUGACAUCCAUUGCACCGAACCUUUGCCUCGGUAAUGCCGAAAGUAUGGAUGCUUUGAUCGAAACAUUUAGGCCAUGUUGUCACUGGGAUGACAUUGAUAACGAUCGAAUAAUCCGAGAUCAAGUAGUACAGAAAGUGGAAACUUUGUGCAAAAUAACGAGCGCCAUUCAUGAUAGUGCAUCUGGACGUAUUCUUAAGAAGAAAAUGAUGGAUGCUGGAUUGAUUGCGGAUGCAUGCAGAUAUCUAGCAGAGAAUCAUCCACCUAUAUUCAAUGUAUCUGUAACAGGACCUGAAUGGAAAUAUUUUUUAUCAAAGCCUUCACUAAAGUAUGUUCUGAAACUAAUGGCUGGUAUGGCAAGGGAUCAUAAACCUUCGCAGGAAGCAAUUGCUGAGAAUUCCUUGCCUAUAUUGCAUCGUCUGGAACAAAUUUCAUCAGCUGAACACAUUGGAACAUUGGCUGAAAAUGUGAUGGAGGAGUUAAAGAAGAAUGAUCAAGUUGCCGUACAGAUUGAGAAAGUCCGUCAAGAAACAAAAAUAAAGAAACAUCACCUGGCAAUGGCUAUGAGACAAAAACAACUUUCGAAAAUGGGUAUGGAAAUCGGCAAAAAAGGACAAGUGAAGUUAUCAGCUCGUAAGCUGGUCAAUGAAUCGCAUUCACUGGAGAGUGUAUCAGACAUUAGUAUUUGUUGCAUAUGCCGGGAGGCAAUGGACGCUAGCGCAAAGAUCAUGAUGGUCAGUUUGCUUUGGUCUGGACAGUGUUUUGUUGCCCAAACCAAAACAUUUUCCAUUAAUGUAAUUAGCUUAUUUACCGAUAGAAUUUGGAAUUUGCUGGGAACAAUAAGAUUCAUCUACUGCCUAGAAUGCGGGCGUAAUUUGAAUAAAGGCGAUUUACCGUAUAAGGCAGAUUUAGCUCCAGUGUAUGCGUUUGCAAGUCGACUAAAUCUGAAAGAGAACAAAGUAAUUAACGGUCGGAAUUAUUCGUUUACAACAGUAUCACAAAUGAAUUUAGUUCAUCUGGAUUGUCAUUCCAUAGCUGUCAGAAUGGCUGGUUCACGAAGCGAAUGGGCAAGUGCAGCACUCCAUAAUGCCAAUACGAAAUGUAAUGUUAUCAUGCCGAUUUGGUCGAAGCGAGUGAAAGAUUCAGAUAUGGAGCAUUCUUUCCAAAGGUUAUCAACUGAUCUAGAAGUAGCUGUUGAUUGCGAUACAGUAAAUUUGGACACCCUCACGCUAGAUAUAGCAGAAUUGCUGGAUCGUUUUGUGAAAUUCCGUUCAUUUUCUGCUCUUUCUCAUGGUGGUGGUCGUGAAUCAAACAUGCAGUACAUGGCUGUUUUGAUUCUUUUAGCAAAAUAUUUGAAGAAAGUAUCACCAUCCUCUGAACCUGGAGAAGCUCAUUCAUUUAUUCAUCAGACCAGCAUCAGCUUGGUGAUGGAUACUGCGGAACAGUGGAAUGAAAAAAGAUUGGAUUUGUUAAAAAGUUUGCAACAGUCCAAGCGAUCUUGGAAGGAUGCGAAGCAUGAAUUGUUUGUCUGGACAGUCGUUGAUCAUUAUCAAAAUAAAAUUCUUCAGUGCAGAACUGAUGAUCGCACUCAAUACAUGCGUGAAAAUAUAAUCAAAAUUAUGGAGAACUGUUCCAAGUUUGUUGGUUAUUUCGAUUCCGAACUUUCACAAUGUGGAAGUUAUGAGGAAUUAAUGAAAGCACAUGGUAAGGGUUAG